AUGCCUAUCAAUUUCCCCGUUGUACGUCUGAGCGAGAUCAGUCCACAGCCGGUCUUCAUGCAGAAAUGGGAACGUCUCCGCCAUAAAGAAGCACAUUGGUUUGCGGCAAUGGUAGCUGAGGCGAUGGGCGUGUUUUGCUAUGUCUACUGCGGUGUUGGAGCCAACAUUGCGUGGAAUACCACUACGAUUCUCGGCCAGAGCGGUGUCGGCUCUCUUCUGACUGUUGGCUUCGGAUAUGCCAUAGGCAUUGUUCUCGCCAUUACAGUCUGCUUCGCAACCUCCGGUGGACAUUUCAACCCUGCUGUCACUGUCUGUAUGAUGAUCUUCAAAGGAUUUCCCAAGAUCCGCGCCGCACGAUACAUUCUCGCCCAGAUGAUAGGUGCCUACAUCGCCUGCUUGCUUGUUUACGUCCAAUGGGGCACGUUCAUUGAAGAAAGCGUCCAAGUCCUUCGCACCAACGGCCAAUAUGAGUCGGUCAUGUUCUCCUCGACUGGCCCUGCUGGUGCAUUUGCGCUCUAUGCCCCAGUUGGCCAUCCCCUCGGUCGCAUCUUCGUCAACGAGUUUGUCAAUAGUUUUGUCAUCGCACUCGCAAUUUGGGGCUCUUUGGACCCAACGAACCACAUGAUUCCGCCUGCCGCCGGACCAUGGCUUAUCGCCAUGGUGUACGCUGCCGCGAUUUGGGGUUUUGCUCCUGCCUCGCUUGCAGCCAACAGCGCUCGUGACCUCGGUGCACGAUUCAUGGCUCUCACGAUCUGGGGCACGCAGGCGUGGGGCGGUCAUUACGCCGCUAUCGCAGCGCUGACGAACAUCCCGGCUUCUGUGACUGCCGCGUUCGUCUAUGAGAUGUUCCUGGGAUCGCAUACUCGCAUACUCACGCCAUCUGCUUACCACUUCCAUGCGGCGUACAAGAAAUAUCACGAGGACAACGGCAUCAUAGCACCGGGCUUCUCAGAGGACGACGAGCAGCUCCACGUUACCGCCGAGCCAGCCCCGAUUAAAAGCACAGAGUCUUAUGACAAGGGGCAGGAGGACCGCAUUUCCGACGUUUAAUCUGUUCUUCCGACCAUCAUCCCAUCGAUUCCGAUUCCAUUUGUGUGGGUUGAGGGUCAGCGCAGCGAAAGAUGACAUGUGGUUUCGGUAGCACACAUUCGCAAGGAUCCUAGACAUGUACCUAAAUGCGAACUCUGCAAGCAUAUCAUCCGAGAAAGAAAUUCUACGUACUAGUGGUUCUCAUCUCGUAUGGUGAUGACAUACGUAGGCCACACCAGUUAUCGACAUGGACAAUCAGUGUAUUCAAAUUACUAUACAUCCCCAUCCAGCCCUGCCUUUGCCUCGUCGAGCACCCCCUUCAACUCUGAUACGGUAGCUUCAUCUAUGGCUUUGAAAACCAAAGCUUCUUCGGCUGCUGUGACAGCUCCCAACGCCAGGAAGUACGCUUCCUUCCACGAUUUCAGUGGCAGCCAGACGUUAGCUGCGUUCCCAAGCGCAGAAACCAAGAACACACGCGCGUUCAGCGCCUCCUUCGUGUGGGGGCCGUCGAUAUUGGAAGUCAGAGCGGCUAACGCGGCAGCAAGCUCCGAUCCUAUACCGUACAUCAAAGACAAUGUAUGCAUGUUGAUCGUACUUCCCUCUUUGUAUUUAUUAUUGCCCUCGUCGAAAAUGGUUUGCGCCUUCUUAAAAGAGAUUUUGACAGCGCGUUGGAUGAUAUCCGGGUGGGUGAUGUGCUGGAUCUGCUGUAGAGACGUAGUCGCAGAUAGGCCUGUAGGAGGUUUAUUGAGGCGCCGUAUUCCUGGGAGCGUUUUCCUUCGCGCUAGGACGGCGAGCAGACUCAUGAGAGAGAUCGAGCUCAUCGCGUUUUCGGUGAGCAUGGCAUGCUUAUAUUCGUCGUCUGCCUGCUUGUCUGGCUGCCUGUCGCGCGCUUGAUGGUCUUGCAUGGCUUCGUAGGAGAUGCGCAAGAACGACUCGAUCUCGACGUUUUUUAUGCCAUAUUGGUCGGCGAC